AUGGAUCGACGAGUUCGUCCUGCGCAGGCUGCGCGCCACUGGCCGCAAGGGCCAGCGCAUCUCCGAACAGAAAAUCCCGACGCUCUGCAAGCACAACGCCAAGCUCGCUUGGGCGACGGCCGACAGGUUCCCGCGGUGGCGAGGGGCAGCGCCGGGGAUUUCGGCUUCUUCGUCGCGAACCCCGAGACCAUCGCCGAGCAGAGAGCCAAUGCGAGCGCGGUCUGCGUCGGCGCCGCCGAGCUCUGGCUCGGGCUCCGCGGCGAGGAGCAAACGUUCAUCCGCGAGAGCGUGAUCCACGCCGCAGGCGCCGAGAAACGCAUCGAGAGGCUGCGCGAGAAGUUCCGCGAAACGCGGGGCCAGGAGGUCAAGGUGGCUCUCGAGCUCGAGACGGCCAAGUGGUUGGCAGAGCACUCCGACGAGAAGCAGCAAGCGGGCUCGGCCUACGCGAGCGCAGGGGGCAAGUCCAGGAGCACCCUCAUCAACAUCUCCGCCGCCGAGGGCUGGUUGGACCCGAGCAGGGGAGCGCGCCCCUCGCCCCUGCGCCAAGCGCUGCCGAGUGAGCGAAGCGAGCCUCGGGGCGGGCAUUUGGCGGCGCGACGCCACCUACGAGCGGGGGGAUGA